UUCCUGGCGGGCGGCGUCUUGUCUCCUUGUUGCCGCUUUGGUUCUUAUUCCCGGGACCUCUGGGCCCAGCAUCAUGACGUCUGCCUUGGAGAACUACAUCAACCCAACUGUUGCUGUUAUCACUUCUGAUGGGAGAAUGAUUGUGGGAACAUUAAAAGGUUUUGACCAGACCAUUAAUUUGAUUUUGGACGAAAGCCACGAGAGGGUGUUCAGUUCUUCGCAAGGAGUCGAACAAGUCGUAUUAGGAUUAUACAUUGUGAGAGGUGACAACGUAGCGGUCAUUGGAGAAAUUGAUGAGGAGACGGACUGUGCGCUUGACUUGGGGAACAUCCGAGCAGAACCUCUGAACUCCGUCGCACACUGAAGACUCAGAGUGCUUAGAUGUCUGUAAAUCCUGUAUAGAAACUGCUUGUCCUGAAGAUGAUGUUGAGAUUUUUUUAUGAAUGUGUAAUUGUGGAUUUUGACCUUGUGUUGGUUCACUGUAAUAUGUAAAUUUAAAUAUUCCUAAAUUUUUAUUGGGAAACAUUGCCUAAAUUAAUAAAUGUGGUUGCCUGGUUUAUUUUUCUACUAAAUGAUAUAAAACUCUAAGGAUCAUUUUGAAAACUUAGCAAAUACCGUUGCUUUUGGUAAUUUAAUAUUUAUGGAAAAUUGGCUGUAAAGAGUACUUGGGCUAUUAUUAUAACUUAUACAUGCAAAUAAUAGUAAUAAAAGAGUCACAUUUC